UGAAGCACCGAGGGAGGAGCUUCCGCAGUACAAGCUCUCUCUUCAAAGGUCGGUGUGACCGUACGGGCUGUAUGUAGCCUUUUAACCGCACAAAAGUGAUGUCUCUGCCCGCUCGUUUGGGGGCUUUCUCCCCUUACCUGCAGGCUUGUGGUCCGCUGAAAGCGUUACUUCCCGGAGCAGGGAACACAGAAGUGCUGGUGAAGUCUGCUGUGUGCGGCCAUUUUGGAGCACGUCUCACUCACACCGACAUCAAAAUCCCUGACUUCUCUGACUAUCGGCGUGUUGAGGUGUUGGAUCCCAAGAAGUCCUCUCAGGAAAGUGGCGAUGCUAGACGGGCCUUCUCUUACCUGGUGACCGGAUCCACUGCUGUGGUGGGUGUCUAUGCUGCCAAAACGGUCGUGACCCAAUUCGUGUCCUCAAUGAGUGCCUCUGCUGACGUCCUGGCCCUGUCCCAAAUCGAGAUCAAGUUGUCCGACAUCCCAGAGGGGAAAAACAUGGCCUUCAAGUGGAGAGGCAAGCCUCUGUUUGUUCGUCACAGAACAGAGAAGGAGAUCGCAGCCGAGCAGAGCGUAGAUCUCUCGGAGCUCCGGGACCCCCAGCAUGACAAAGACCGCGUCACCAACCCCAUCUGGGUCAUCGUCAUUGGUGUCUGCACUCAUCUCGGCUGUGUCCCAAUCGCAAAUGCCGGUGAUUACGGCGGGGACUACUGA